AUGGUUGCUCUCAAAGCAAUCGCGAUUACCCUUAUCAGUGCUGUGGUAACAGUCUCCCAUGCCGACCAGUCACUUGAGAAGCGCUACACUUCUUCGACUGCUGGAUCUCUGACCAACGGCGGAUGCUACUAUAAAGUCCCUAACGUUGGUCUUUUCACCACGAGGAUGAAUUACGCCUGGGACAACCCUUUUACGCUUGUUGCCCAAGGUGUCGGUCUCGUCGAAGACCUCGUAUCUUCUCUCUACACAGUCAGUGCCGGCAACUCGCCUCUUCCUCGACGCUUCGAUCUGGUCAAUAUCGGGGUCUCAAUACUUGAUCCUUCCAUCACCCUGACUGUCCCUGGACGCCAAACAAAAGGCCCCAUUUCUUCCGCGCAAAUUACUACUGCUUACGAUGACAUACUUUACGGUUCUGUCCGCACAGUAGCCAAGAUCUCGAAUGUACCCGGUACCACGCACGGCUUCUCCUUCUACUCCAACGAUACUCAGGAGAUCGAUUUUGCAUUUUUGACCUCCAACACUGGAGUUGUUCACUUGACGACUGAGCAGGUCUCUCCUGACAGUCCUCCGUCAUCCUACCAAGUUUCAGCACCCAGUGAUGCAACCUCUGCCUACCACGAGUAUCGUGUUGAUUGGCUUCCUGGCAAGGCCCAAUUCUUCAUCGACGGAAGGCUUGUGCAGACUAUUAUCGACAAUGGAUUCUGGCUGUGGAACAACUGGUCGAACGGUAAUGCCUGGGCCCAAGGCCCUCCUGCAAAGGACAGCGUCCUGAGGAUUCGCAGUGUCGACGGCUACUUCAACCGUACCAGCGUUCUCCAAGUCUAUUCGGCUACUCCUUUUGGAUGCAAUGUCUAA